AGUCAUUGGCUCCCUGCGGUUUCCUUGGGGACGUGGCGCCGCGGCCGGCGCAGGCCUCCUUCCGGCUGGGCUGGAGUCCGUGGGCAUUCGCGCCGGACCGAGCGGAGAGGUCCUGAAGGAACCGGCGCGCCGCUGGGCCGGCUGCAGGCUGAGGAGAUGCCUGGGACACGGAGACCACCCUCUCAGGGCAAGAGGAAAAGGUGACAGGCGCUGGACCACUAAAGGGAACCCAUGGCUAGGAUCAGUUUUUCCUACCUCUGCCCAGCCUCCUGGUACUUUACUGUGCCCACAGUGAGCCCAUUUCCCCGACAGCGGGUGGCAUUCCUAAGUCUCUUCUUCAUAUCCUGUCUCCUUCUACUUCUGUUAAUCAUGGACUUUCGACAUUGGAACGCUUCAUUACCACGAGAUAGGCAAUAUGAAAGGUAUUUGGCUCGCGUAGGGGAGCUUGAAGCUACAAACACUGAAGACCCAAAUCUAAAUUAUGGACUUGUUGUGGACUGUGGCAGCAGUGGCUCCCGGAUUUUUGUUUAUUUUUGGCCAAGACAUAAUGGGAACCCCCAUGACUUGCUGGACAUCAAACAGAUGAGAGACCGUAACAGCCAACCAGUGGUUAAAAAAAUCAAGCCAGGAAUCUCUGCCAUGGCAGACACGCCUGAACACGCCAGCGAUUACCUUCGUCCUCUGCUGAGCUUUGCUGCUGCUCAUGUGCCUGUGAAGAAGCACAAGGAGACCCCCCUUUACAUUCUGUGCACAGCGGGCAUGAGGCUUCUUCCUGAGAGGAAGCAGUUGGCUAUCUUGGCUGAUCUAGUGAAAGAUUUACCACUGGAGUUUGACUUCCUCUUUUCACAGUCUCAGGCAGAAGUGAUCUCUGGGAAGCAGGAAGGGGUUUAUGCGUGGAUUGGAAUCAACUUUGUUUUGGGAAGAUUCGACCAUGAGGAUGAAUCAGAUGCGGAAGCUCCUCAGGAAUUGACAGCAGGACGCAGAAGGACAGUAGGAAUACUGGAUAUGGGAGGAGCCUCUCUCCAAAUUGCUUAUGAAGUUCCUACCUCAACAUCUGCCCUUCCUCCAAAGCAGGAAGAAGCUGCGAAGAUCCUGCUGGCUGAAUUCAACCUGGGUUGUGAUGUGCAGCACACUGAACAUGUGUAUAGGGUUUACGUCACCACCUUUCUGGGUUUUGGGGGCAAUUUCGCCCGACAGCGAUAUGAGGACCUUGUGCUGAAUGAAACUCUUAGCAAAAACAGGUUGCUUGGCCAGAAGACAGGUCUGAGUCCUGACAAUCCAUUUCUGGAUCCUUGCCUGCCUGUGGGACUCACAGAUGUGGUGGAGAGGAACAGCCAGGUCCUGCAUGUCCGAGGAAAAGGAGACUGGGCUGCCUGUGGGGCGAUGCUGAGCCCCCUGCUGGCUCGCUCCAACACCAGCCAGGCCUGGCUGAAUGGCAUCUACCAAUCACCAAUUGACUUCAACAACAGCGAGUUCUAUGGUUUCUCUGAGUUCUUUUACUGUACGGAGGAUGUGUUGCGCAUCGGUGGCCGCUACCACGGGCCGACAUUUGCCAAGGCUGCUCAGGAUUACUGUGGCAUGGCUUGGUCAGCACUAACUCAGAGAUUCAAGAACGGCCUUUACUCACCACAUGCAGAUGAGCAUCGACUCAAAUAUCAGUGUUUCAAAUCGGCUUGGAUGUACCAAGUCCUUCAUGAAGGAUUCCACUUUCCCUAUGACUACCCAAACCUACGGACAGCCCAGCUGGUCUAUGACCGGGAGGUUCAGUGGACGCUGGGAGCCAUUCUGUAUAAAACCCGAUUCUUACCACUCAGGGAUCUACGGCAGGAAGGUGUUCGACAGGCCCACGGUAGCUGGUUCCGUCUCUCCUUUGUCUACAACCACUAUCUCUUCUUCGCCUGUAUCCUGGUGGUGCUAUUGGCCAUCAUCCUGUACCUUCUGCGGCUACGCCGAAUUCACAACCGACAAACUCGAGCCUCAGCUCCAUUGAACUUGCUGUGGAUUGAAGAGGUGGUGCCCAUGAUUGGGGUACAGGUGGGGCCAUGAGGCUGGGCAAGGACCAUGGAAGCUUGACUACCCCAGAGUUGCUGCUCAUUGAAUUCCACCAUUCUCUUGUACUAGCUUCAGAUGCUGCUUUGCCUGGCCUUGUGGAUAUUUGAUGUUGAAAUUUCCAUUUUACUAUCUUCUUUAAUUCCUUCUCAAUCUCCAGGUUCUCUUAUCUGACAGAAUUAGUCUGUGAAGAACUAAAUAAUGAGAGAUUGGUGCUAAAAAAGGUGACCAACCUUAGUCCAAUUGAAGCACGCUUCUCCUUUAUCUGAGAGAUCUGAUGUGUUCCUGGGAUCUAGACUUUUUUCCCCUUGCUGAAGCAUGAAGUUUGGCAUUGGGCAUACUGGAAGCCAGGUUGAAACCAAACUUGGAGCGUCUGAUACAAAGCUGAAGAUAUUCUGGCAAGUGAAGCAGCCCCUUCUUUCUCUGUAACAGAGAUAUCAUUUAUGUGGAGAUCCACAACCUUUAAUAGGGAUCCAAGAUAUGAAUUUGCAGUUCAGUGGAACAGAUAUGAAUUUUCAGGCAACCAAAAUAACUUCCUUGCUUCUUUGACAAAGAAGCCAUUAUGAGUGUGGUCCAAGGUCCCUAACAUAGUGUUGCUGAUGUUAGUAUGUGAUUUUAAAAGGUUAGAACUCCUUCUAAAUGAAUGGAUCGUCGAAGAUUUUGACUAAAUCUUAUCUGAUGUCUUGUAGGACCAGGAUAGAAAAAUUUUCCAUGUCUAUGUGCCUCAGAGGCUGUUUGGGCAUUAAUUUUUCUU